AUGGGUGGUGGUGGCAAACGAAGCGUCGUCUCCGACGAAGAAGAAGAAGAAGUGGAAGAGGUUUAUGGAAAGACUGUAGAUGACGAAAGCGACAACGAAGAAGAAGAUGAGGAGGGUCAGGAUGAAUACCAGAAAGAUGGGUUUAUAGUGGACGAUGAAGAGGAAGAAGUGGGAGAGGAAGAACAAGAUGAGGGAAAGAGCCAAAAAAAGAGGAAAAAGAAGAAAAGAGAUUCUCAGAAGAACUUUGAGUUGGAUGAAGAUGACUAUGAGCUGCUUGAGGAUAACAUCUCAGGCUUUCAUCGACCUAAGAUGGCUAAUCCAAAGUUUAAGAGGCUCAAAAGAGUUGGGAAGGAUACUGAGAAAGGGGUCUACAAAAGCUUAUUUGAUGAUGAUGAUGAUGAUAUGAUUGAUAUUGCUGAAGAAGAGGAGAGACCUAAUGAAGAACAGAUGGUUGUUGAUGAAGAGGAUGACAUGGCAGAUUUUAUUGUUGAUGAAGAAGAAGAAAUGCAAGUGGGUGGAGCAUCUAUGAGACAAAGAAAGCAGCCGAAGUUGAGGCAGCUUUCUGGAGUGUCAACGGCUGCAUUGGCUGAGGCUCAAGACAUAUUCGGUGAUGUUGAUGAAUUCCUUGAUCUUCGGAAGAAAGGUCUUGCAAGGAGUGACAUUCAUAGUGAUUCUGGGAGGGGGAGGAGGAACCUUGAAGAUGAAUAUGAGCCAUCCAUCCUGGUGGAGAAGUAUAUGACUGAGAGGGAUGAUCGAAUAAGGCAAAUUGACCUGCCUGAGAGGAUACAGAUAUCGGAGGAAAGAACUGGGUCUCCCCCAGUUGACGAAAGAAGUAUAAGAGAGGAGAGUUCUUGGAUACAUAAUCAGCUUCCUACCAUAUCAUGGAUUUUCAAGAAGAUAGAUACAGAUGGAAAUGUUGAAGAGCCGGACCUGUUAAGCAAAAUUGACAAGGAAGACAUCAUGAGGUUCUUGAAAUUGCAUCAUGUUGAUAAGCAUGACAUUCCGUUCAUUGCCUUGUAUCGAAAGGAGCUGUGCCUUAGUUUAUUGAAAGACCCAGGGGAAGAAGAGGCAGAAAAUGGAGAUAGGGACAGACCUGAGAAGAAACCCAGACUAAAAUGGCACAAGUUACUAUGGGCCGUGAAGAACUUGGACAGAAAGUGGCUGCUUCUUCACAAGAGGAAAAGUAUUCUUCAGUCCUGCUACAAAAAGCGUUAUGAAGAGGAGUCCCGUCUAAUAUAUGACGAAGAAAGGCUCAAUUUAAACCGGCAGCUUCUUGAAUCCAUCAUUAGAUCACUCGACCAUGCUGAUUCAGAAAGGGAAAUAGAUGAUGUUGACUUAAAAUUUAACUUGCAUUUUCCUCCGGGUGAAGUGGGUGUUGAUGAAGGCCAAUUCAAGAGGCCAAAGAGGAAAUCACUAUAUAGUAUUUGUAACAAAGCUGGCCUAUGGGAAGUUGCAGGCAAGUUUGGGCCAAACGCUGAACAAUUUGGGUUGCAAGUAACUCUAGAAAAAGUGAAUAUGGAGUUGUCAGAAGACCCCAAGGAAACCCCCGAGGAGUUUGCUACAAAUUUUACAUGUUCAUUGUUUGAAACUCCUGAAGCAGUUCUGAAAGGGGCUAGGCACGUGGCUGCAACGGAAAUCAGUUGCGAGCCGUCUUUUAGAAAACAUGUCCGCAGUAUUUUUAUGGAAAAAGCUGAAGUAACAACAAGACCCACACCGGAAGGAAACAUGGCUAUAGAUUCUUUCCAUCAGUUUGCUGGUGUCAAAUGGCUUCGGGGCAAGCCACUCUUCAAAUUUGAGGAUGCCCAGUGGUUGCUUAUUCAAAAGGCUGAAGAACAAAAGCUCCUUCAAGUUGCAAUAAAAUUGCCUGAGAAUGAGCUAAACAAGUUGAUAGAAGAGUCUAAUGUUUGUUAUCUGAGCGAUGGUGUUAGUAUCUCAGCUCGUUUAUGGAAUGAACAGCGCAAACUUGUACUGCAGGAUGCAUUUUUCAAGUUUCUUUUCCCUUCUAUGGAGAAGGAAAUAUGUGCCAUGUUGACUACUAGAGCAAAGGACUGGCUGGUUAUAGAAUAUGGACAUCAGUUAUGGAACAAGGUAUCCGUUGCACCAUUUUGUCGUGAUGGAGAUAAAGAUGAAGCUGCACCAAGGGUCAUGGCUUGUUGUUGGGGUCCUGGCAAGCCAGCAACCACUUUCGUGAUGUUGGAUUCAUCAGGGGAGGUGCUGGAUGUUUUGCUUGCGGGAUCUCUCCACCUACGAUCUCAGAAUGUUAUUGAUCAGCAACGAAAGAAGAAUGACCAGGAACGUCUCCUCAAGUUCAUGAAUGCCCAUCAACCGCACAUUAUGGUUCUAGGAGCUGUGAAUUUGUCUUGCACCCGGCUGAAGGCUGAGAUCUUCGAGAUCGUUUUUAAUAUAGUGGAGGAAAACCCUCGAAAUGUUGGUCAAGAAAUGGACCAAAUCAACAUUGUUUAUGGGGAUGAGUCCCUGCCUCAUCUUUAUGAAUAUUCACAGAUUUCUUCAGACCAGCUGCCUGGACAAUCUGGAAUUUUUAAGCGAGCUGUGGCUCUUGGCCGUUUUCAUCAAAAUCCAGUGGCUAUGGUAGCAUCACUAUGUGGUGCAGGUAGAGAGAUAGUGUCCUGGAAGGUUAGCUCCUUGGAGCACUUUCUUACAUCUGAUGAGAAGUAUGAGAUGAUUGAACAGAUCAUGGUAGAUGUCACCAACCAGGUGGGUAUUGACAUUAACCUGGCUGCAUGUCAUGAUUGGCUGUUUUCGCCUUUACAAUUCGUCUCCGGGCUUGGUCCGCGGAAGGCAGCUUCUCUGCAGAGGGCAUUGAUUAAAGCUGGGGCAGUUAGAAAUCGAAAAGAGUUGACUGGCCACAGGCUAAGUACAAAGAAGGUCUUUAUAAAUGCAGUUGGAUUCUUACGUGUCCGACCAAGUGGGCUGAUGGCUUUUAGUGAUGACAUUGAUCUUUUGGAUGAUUCAAGAAUUCACCCAGAGUCUUAUGCUCUUGCAGAGCUUUUAGCUAAGACUGUACAUGAACAUUAUGCUCCAGGAUAUGAAGAUGAUGCUGAACAGGAACUAGCAAUUGAGUAUGUCAGAAGCAAUCCAGGACAGCUAAAAAGUUUUGAUAUUGAUCAGUAUGCAGAUGACAAUGGGAUGACAAAUAAAAAGGAAACUCUUCGUGGUAUAAAAUUGGAAUUGCUCCAUGGUUUUCAAGAUUGGCGUAAGCCUUUUGCAGAACCAACUGCGGAUGAGGUCUUUUACAUGAUAUCUGGUGAAAAUGAGGAUUCACUUGCUGAAGGAAAGAUUGUUCAUGUAACAGUGCGCCGAGUACAACCCCAACGAGCAAUAUGUGUGCUUGAGUCGGGUUUAACAGGGAUGCUUUCAAAGGAAGACAUUUCAGAUGAAGGAGAUGAAUUCGACUUGGCAGAGAGGCUACAUGAAGGCGACACACUUUCUUGCAAGAUUAAGAAUGUCCAAAUGAAUAGAUACCAUGUUUUUCUUACUUGCAGAGGAAUUGAGUUUAAGGGAAGACAACUCCAAGAUAUGCAUCAUGCUGACCCCUAUUACCACGAAGACAAUGGUGCAUUACCUUGUCAGCAGGACAAAAACCACAAGGACAAGGAUCUCGUGAAUAAACAAUUCAAGCCACGGAUUAUUGUUCAUCCACGUUUUCAAAAUAUGACUUCUGAUGAAGCAAUAAAUUUCCUCUCUGAUAAGGAUGCUGGUGCAAGCUUUUUUCAUCCAAGUUCAAGAGGCCCGUGUUAUCUGACUUUGACAAUGAGAAUCUAUGAUGGUGUUUAUGCUCACAAAGACAUCACAGAAUGUGGGAAGGACCACACGGAUGUCACAAGCUUGCUUCGUAUUGGGAAGAUUCUUAAAAUUGGUGAUGAAACUUUCGAGGAUUUGGAUGAGGUAAUGGAUCGCUAUGUUGACCCAUUGGUAAGUAACUUGAAAGCAAUGCUUAAUUACCGGAAGUUCAAGAGGGGCUCAAAGGCAGAAGUAGAUGACCUUCUUCGAGCUGAGAAAUCUGAUUAUCCAAUGAGGAUAGUUUAUGGUUUUGGUGUUUCAUAUGAGCAUCCUGGAACUUUUAUCCUGUCAUAUAUUAGAAGUACAAAUCCACACCAUGAAUACGUUGGUCUAUACCCCAAAGGAUUCAAAUUUCGGAAGCGUGCAUUUGAUAACAUUGACCAGUUGGUGGCAUAUUUCCAGAAGCAUAUUGAUGAUUUACAGCAUGUGUCAACACCAUCAUUCCAAUCAGUUGCUGCAAUGGUACCAGUGAGAAGCCCUGCAUUCAAGGGUUCUCCUGGAGGGGCACCUAUGAGGAAUGAUUGGGGAGGCCAAUCUAAUUUGGACAAAAACAAAUCUGCAACUGAUUCUAGAGGCAGAAAUGAUUAUAAAGCUGAUGGUGAUCAUGGGCAUCCAAGUGGGUUGCCUAAGCCUUAUGGUGGGCAUGGGCAUGGGCGUGGAAGCAAUCAUGGUUCUAACUGGGAUAACAAGGGCAGUAGUGAGAGAAAAGAUUGUGGUUACGGUAUCACUUCCACAUGGGGAUCAGAUUCAAGGGAAAAAGGUGGAAGUGAUACUGGGUGGGGCAAUUUUCCUGGUGCCAUGGUUGAAAAUUCACCUACCAAAGAAGCUUUUCAAGGUGGCUGGGGAAGAGGUGGAAGUGGUGGAAAUUGGGGUAGUGUAGGUGGUAGUAAUGGUGGUUGGGGUGGCAAUCAUGCUGAUGGGAGGUCUAGUGGUGGCAAUUGGGGCGGUGGUGGUGGUAAUACUUGUGGGACUGCUAGCAGUGGCAAUUGGGGAUCUGGUGGUAGUGCUAGUGGUUGGGGUGGCAGCAGUGCUGAUGGAGGUGGCACUAGUGAUGACAAAUGUGGUGUUAGUGGUGGAGGUUGGAGGGCUAGUGGUGGCCCGCAGGGUAGCAAUGGUGGCUGUGGCCGUGGCCGUGGUUCUCAUUAUGGUCAGGAUAAUAAUAACAGCAAUGAGAUUAAAGACUCUAGUUUUCAUACAUCUUCCGCAUGGGGUACAGAUUCCAAGGGGAGGGCUGGAAGUGAUGGAGGGUGGAGCAAUUUUUCAGGUGCCAAGGUCCUGAGUUCAGCCAAUAACAAUUGGAAUGGUGGAGGUGGUGGAGGUACCGGUGGUAAUGCAGGUGGUUGGGGAAGCCGCAUUGGAAAUGGGAGUACUGGUGGUGGCAAAAGCCAAGGAGCGUGGAGUGCUAGUUUAAGUGAUCAAGGUGGUGAUGGUGGGCAGGGUCGUGGGUGUGGGCGUGGACGAGGAAGAGGACGUGGCCGUAAUAGCUGUGGCGAUUGCAGCACAAAUGAGAGAAAAGAUUUUAGUUAUGCCACAAGUUCGAAGUGGGGAUCAAAUUCCAACGAGGGGAUUCGAAUUGGACGGAACAAUUUUCCGGGUGCUAGGGUACAGAAUUCGCCAAGCAAAGAAGCUUUUCCUGGAGAUUGGGGCAGCAGAAAUGGUAUUGCAGAUGGUGGAAAUGGUGGCUGGGGUGGCAGCACUGGGGGUGGUGGUUGGGGUGGUGAUGGGAAAGGAACUGGUGAUAAUUGGGGUGACAUCAAAAGUGCUGAUGCCCAACGUGCUAGUGGUUGGGGUGCUGGUGGUGGUUAUGUCAAAGAAGGGAGUGGUGGUUGGGGAGAUAAAAAUAACAAUGGUGGCUGGGGUGGCAAGAGUGUUGGCUGUGGCAGCAAUUGGGGUGAUGGUAGAAGUGUCGAUGGCAAAAGUCAGAGUAGUUGGGCUGCUGGUAAUGCAAAUAACAGCAAAGGCAUAGGGUCUUCUGGUGGUUGGGGUGAUAAGAGCAAUGGUGGAUGGGGUGGCAAUGCUGGCACUGAGGAUGCCGUUAGCAGAGGUGGUGAUAGUGAUGGUUGGGGGGUGAAGAGUGGGACUGCUGAUGGUAAAGGUGAGUGGGAUUUUGCUAUAUCCAAGAAUAAUGCUAAUUCUGUUGGGGAGACAAGAAAUUCAGGAUGGGGUGCUGGUUCUGGAAAAAGUAGUUCCAUAGUUCCUGGUGGUGGUAGGAGAGGGCCAUCUGCAAGUGGCGGCAGUGGGUGGUGA